AUGCCUUACAAUCAUUCAGCUGGCCCCUACUUCCUCCCGUCUCAUCUUCUACCCGAAUCUUUCCCAAGACCACCGAGCCAAAGAUCCAAGGAAAAGAGGCUGUCAUUCACUACAGGACUCGAGUUUCUAGCAACAGGACGCCCUGCAUCAAGUCACCAGGGCAGGAAGGGCAUAGACAGUCCAAACAAGCUAGCCAAUAAACCAGAUAUCUCCAAUAAGCUUCGGAAGUGUGCAAGCAUGGAGGUCACCCAAGGAAAUCAACGAAGGGCUCCCCGCCCAAGGAUAAAUACCACCAUUAGAGCGAAGUCGUCAUUCAGCGUUUCAUCUCCUCAAGCUCCUAUUACCUAUAUCCAAACACUUUCUUCACCCUCAGCGCUGUCUGCCUUUUGUUCUCACAAGAUCCCCAUCAUGGAACAACCAAUUGCCCCUAAACAGAAGAAGCCCCGAAGCUACGGUGCCUUCAUACGCAAACUGCUCUCGUGUACCAAAAAAGGAACCCUUGAAAACCAGAACACCGUUACAAAGGCAGAAGUACAACCCCAAAAAGUAACCCCAGGGACUGGAUCCGAGCUUCGAGACCUUCGGUUCUAUCUUGGAAAUGAAUCUCUACGUAUCUGCCGUCGAUUGUGCCGUAUCCAGGACGAAGAUGAGAAAAGUCUUCAUAUCCUCUCUCCUCGCAUUGGUUCUUUGAAUUUCAACGUUCGCCAGUUCGACUCUGAUGAUGCAUCUCAUACUCUCCUUCUUCCAGCUACUGUCUUCGACAAUGAAGCAGAUGAGGCUGAGCAGGGCAUGAUGAAUGUUUUCAUGGAGAACUUCAUCUCGAUAUUGCCAUUUGGGACUGAUAAAAUCAGUCGCAAAGCAAACCCUUCUAGCCUCGUAUUCAGGCUUCUACCUUCGCCAAUUAUCCAACCUGCUGCUAGGUACCUCGGUGCCGCCUUUUGGCUCUGGCUAUGCGCAAUUGAUGACCAAAUAGAGGAGCUAGAGCAAAAGGACUUUGAAGAAGCCAUUGAGGAGAUCAAAAGAGUAUUCACCUCACAAGAGCCUUUGGACCCAGGCUCUCGCGUGACGCGAACCUCAUUUGCACUCAGAGAUCUUGUGCAACAAACAGAGUUGAAGUCCGCAAGUGCCCCGGAAACCGAAAACCAAGACACUUGGCGCUAUAGCUUCCUCGAGGCCAUCAUGGAGAUUCUCUAUGCUUUUGAAGGAGAGCGUCCUCUUCUCAAUCAGUUCAAGAAAGCAGACGACCAUGUCAAGCUGACAGAUUGGAUGGUGCUCCGAGUUGUUACGAUUUCAGCUCGACCGUUCAUGGUGUUGGCUCGUGCAAGUCUUGGACUGCAGCCCGGCCUCUCCCAAGCCGGUAAUACCGCAAAGGGGAUAAGUCAAGAUGCUCCGACCCGUCGGGGCAGAUCCGAUAGCGCGAGGACUUUCACACCAGAUCUUGAAUGGGAGGAAGAAAUUUCCCGACUAGAGGUUCUUGCCCAAUGUGCGAUGGGUUUGGAGAAUGACAUCUUAGGGUGGGAGAAAGAUCAUGCCGAGGGGAACAUAUUGAACUCAGUCGAGAUACUUUUCCAGACCUAUCAGCACCGCCAAUCCGCAAUGCGAGAGAUGGUCCUGAUUCACAACUACACAGUGAAUCAGCUCUGCCUUCAAGCUGAUAUCCUGCUCCCGAAGUACUCUUCAGAUAACUCGACCCCGCCUAUCUCGCCUGCUCGUACUUUGUUCAAUGUAAAGACUCCACGGUCCCCUUUCCCUUUAUCGCCCACAGGGACUUUCAUAAGUCCUAUCGGGUCCCCGGCGGAUACGGAACAUACCAACAAAUUCCUAGGGCUAAUUAAAGGGAAAGUUAAUAAGCCGGAUCAAGGCGGGGAGUUGGCACCUCAAGCACAAUACAUCAUGGUGCUCCUUGGGUUUGUCAAGGGAAUGGCCAUCUGGACUUCAAAAGCGAAGCGUUACGCUGUUUAA